GAUUAGUUAUUCAUGGUUUAUCUGGGUGAGGGGGUUAUGCAUGGAGAAUGGUAUGUGUUGUAAAUUAACGAUAAUGGCAUUGUCGUGAUUAAUAAUAAAAAUUUCGUAAUUUAGAAGUCGGAUAUGGAGGUGCACAUAUAAUGAAUAGGGCAGGGUCGUUCAAAACUGAUCCGCGUUUCGACCGGUUUGCUUCCAAAUAACUCGUCCGGACGGACAAGUAAUUCCACAUUGUAUCCUGCUAACAUAUAGGCUCUUUGUGUUGACAUAACAAUUGCUUCUUCAGUUACUACUAAGGUAGCUACUUUCCUCCAACUUACUUCUUCAUUUUUCAAAGUUAUCGUUGACUUCCAACGGUAUACAAGACAACACCAGGCCAUCAUAAUCUCUCUCUCUCUCUCUCUCUCUCUCUCUCUCUCUCUCUCUCCUCUUCCUUUUGAUCUCCUUGUUCAGUAGACAGGCAGCCAAGAUAGCUAGAUAGGAAUUUCAAGGAUGAUUAAUGGGAAUGACAUAUACCAAGUUUUCGCAGCAAUCGUACCCUUGUACGUUGCAAUGAUUCUAGCCUACGGGUCAGUGGUAUGGUGGAAAAUCUUCACACCAGCCCAAUGCUCCGGCAUCAACCGUUUCGUCGCGGUGUUUGCUGUCCCUUUGCUCUCGUUCUACUUCAUCUCCUCCAACAAUCCUUAUACCAUGAACUACCACUUCAUUGCUGCAGAUUGCCUCCAAAAGGUCUUAAUCCUUGGGGCACUCUUCCUGUGGCAAACCUUUGGCAAAAAUGGAAGCCUGGAGUGGAUGAUCACUCUCUUCUCCCUGUCCACACUGCCAAACACUCUGGUUAUGGGCAUCCCUCUGCUGAGGGCUAUGUACGGAGAUUACGCCGCGAGUCUAAUGGUUCAAAUAGUUGUCCUCCAGAGUGUAAUCUGGUACACCCUUAUGCUCUUCUUGUUUGAGUAUAGAGGAGCAAAGCUUCUUAUCAGCGAGCAGUUCCCCGAGACCGCGGCCUCCAUCACCUCCUUCAGGGUAGAGUCGGAUGUUGUUUCCCUCAACGGCCGCGAGCCUCUGCAGGCUGAUGCUGAGAUUGGUGACGACGGCAAGCUGCACGUUACCGUCAGGCGAUUGUCGUCGGCAUCGUCGGCAGCAGCUUCUGCGAUUUCUAAUCGGUAUAACAGCAAAAACUACAAGUACCCCCAUAAUGCUGCCGGAUUCGUUACUAAUAAUAAUCCUUCCUGUAUCAUCACCCCGAGAGCGUCCAACCUUACCGGUGUAGAGAUCUAUUCUUUACAAUCUUCCCGAGAACCAACACCGAGAGCUUCGAGCUUUAACCAGAAAGACUUUUACGCCAUGUUUGCAGCAAACAAGGCGGCUACUAGUAGUCCAAAACACGGCUACACCAGUUCGUUCGGAGGAGGUGGUGGUGGUGGCGGCGGAGGAGGAGGGGGGGAUGUUUUCUCUUUGCAAUCCUCAAAAGCAGCGACUCCAAGAACUUCAAACUUUGAGGAUGAGAUGUUGAAAAUCGGGAGGAAAACGAGGGGAAUCGGGAGGACCAUGAGUGGUGAGCUAUUCAACAACACCACCCCCACUACUGCUGCUAAUAAUAGUAGUAGUAAUGCUGCAGCAGCAGCUUCUAAUAACUACCCCCGGCCGCCUCCAAAUCCUAUGUUCUCUGUUGCAGGCAAGUCCCCUAGCUUUCCCCCUCCAAGAAAAGAGGGUAGCACAGGCGGCGGUGGUGGUGCAAUGGUGCCUAACAACGAGCUUCACAUGUUUGUUUGGAGCUCAAGUGCAUCUCCUGUUUCUGCUGAGGGGAGUGCUCAACUAAGGUAUGAUGCAGCUGCUGCAGGAGUACUAAAUAACAGAUCAGAUGCUUCAACGAUGGAAUUUGGCGUAAUCGAUUCUCCUUCCCAGGAUCAUAAGGAGAUUGAAAUAGAUUCAGUGGUUGGGGGGCCAGGGUCGGAGUCUACGCCUCCUCCUAUGGUCACUAAUAGCCUUAAGAAAAAGAAGAAGAAGAAGAAGCAGCAGGAGGACAAGGAAGAGAUGGAUUACUACAUGGAUGGAAAUGAAGAUAAAGAUGGAGUGGGAGGACAGAAGCAGCACAGUAUGCCCCCUGCAAGUGUCAUGACAAGGCUCAUACUCAUAAUGGUUUGGAGGAAGCUCAUAAGAAACCCCAACACCUAUUCAAGCCUUUUCGGCCUCGUCUGGUCUCUCAUAUCCUUCAGGUUCAACAUCCAAAUGCCGACCAUCGUCAGUGGAUCUGUCUCUAUUCUAUCCGAUGCUGGGCUUGGAAUGGCUAUGUUCAGUCUGGGUUUAUUCAUGGCUCUACAGCCAAAGAUCAUAGCAUGUGGGAAAUCUGUAGCAACCUUUGCAAUGGCAGUGAGGUUCUUGACUGGCCCAGCAGUGAUUGCUGCUACCUCUAUUGCUAUUGGCCUUCGAGGUGUUCUUUUACACGUUGCAAUCGUUCAGGCUGCUCUUCCCCAAGGGAUUGUCCCCUUCGUGUUUGCGAAAGAGUACAAUGUCCACCCAGACAUACUCAGCACCGCGGUUAUUUUUGGGAUGCUGAUUGCUUUGCCCAUAACAAUACUCUACUACGUGCUUCUCGGUGUGUAAGUUUUGGCUGACAAAACCGGUUAUAAAUUCAGCGCGAAUCGAAGGCAGGCAGAGGCUUGUGCAUGUGGAUAGCAGUGCAGCAAACAAAGUGCAGCAGACAACGGACUAGUUUAAAAAAAUGAGCUCUCUUGGAAUCAGUUGGGAACCAGCUGCAUCGAUCAUGUUACUCAAGGGAUGGGGUUGAAUGCAUGCAUGCACCAUUAAUUUUGCUUCACUUCUUUUUAAUAAGUUAUUCUUUGCUGUCAUUUCCUUAGUUCUUUUAAUUUUUGUGUCGUCGUUAGAUAGUUUAGAGUCAUAGAGCAAGUCCUGUUAACAACUACAAUUCCACCUAACUCAAUAAGAUAAUUCAUUUUUUGGCCGUUU